AUGGCUCGAUGUCUGCAGCAUCUCAAUGGAGACUACCGAGGACAUGACCCGCUACGUCCCGGGGGCUACCAUCCUAUCAUCAUUGGCGACAUUAUCGGCUCGUCUCCUCGUACGGACUCUGCGAGCAAGCCAUGCCAAUAUAGGAUCAUGCACAAGUUGGGCUUCGGGUCAUAUGCGACGGCCCUAUGGUUGGCUCAGAAGACGGAUUCAAGCGGAGCGUUCGUCGCAGUGAAGAUCACAACGGCGGCAGAUGGUCAUAUACGGGAGGCCCAAAUGCUUGAAGCAGCCUCAACGGUGAUGCCCAAUGGCCAGCCGUCGCCACAUAUUAUGACGCUGCUGGAUCACUUUACCUUGCGCGGUCCCAACGGCGCUCACUCUGUUCUGGUGACGGACGUUGUAGCGCCGAUCGUCUCCUUUCCUUCACCCGGACGCUCUCCGCAUUGGCGGAAAGCUUUCGCAUACGGUCUAGCGCAGGGUUUAGCGCACCUACACGCUACAGGGAUCGUCCACGGAGACUUGCACCUCGGUAAUGUUGGGUUUGCCAUGCCGCAGCUCGCACAUCAGGAUGAAGACGAUGUGAUGCAAGAUCUCAGCCCAUACGACCUGACCAUUGUUCUGCCUUGCUCCGCUGCCAAACAAACGCGCUCGUUACCCGCUUAUGUUGUCGCGCUGUGCCACCUCACUACGUACUAUGAGAAACUCGCCGGCUCCGAUCCGCCUGUGGCUAAGAUCUUCGACUUCGGCAAUGCGCAUAAAGCUGGAACGCCACCACUGAACUUCCAGUGUGCGGUGGAAGCUUGCGCUCCAGAGUUAGGCUUUGCUCGCCCCCCAGCCGACGUCUGGGCUCUCGGUGCUGUCAUUUACGAGAUCGUUACUGGCGCCCCGAUGUUUCAUGGCGACGGCAUGCCCGCCCUGCCGUAUCACAUGUCUGAGAUGGCCGGCUACGUACCCUCAGAGUGGCAGUCAUGGCGCCCUGACCUGACCAUAUCACCCGACCAGGCCGAUGCCUGGUGGACAUCACGUAAAACGCAGCUACGUCGAGGCUGUGUUGAUGAUAAAGACACGGACGCGCUCGUUAGGCUGCUGAAGAAAGUGCUCGUGCUCGACGCCGCGAUUCGACCGACUAUCGCAGUGGUCCUGCAAGACCCGUGGUUCCAUGAUGAUGCCGCGCACCAGGUCCAAGGUUGAAGCUAAGUCGUUUUGUGUAUAUGUGCCUGGAAGGAGCCUUGCCCAGAUGUACCGUAUGUUUCUUUAGCUUCGAGUCAAGAGCUCGAAU